AUGGAAGGUCCGAGUCGAAGCAGUGGGUUCAGACAGAGCCGACGCUCCCGUUCUCAACGAGACCGAGAGCGGCGCAGGAGAAGAGUAGACCUUGCUGAGCAGCGGGCCACAUCUGCCUCCUCGGGCUCGGAAAAGGAGCUUUGCGGGCCAGGAUCUGUACUCGGUCCUGGAGGUAGAGAAUGUCGACCAGGGUUCCCCGGCCCCAGACACAGGCCUCCUCGGCGGAGGAAGCGAGAGUCUGUGUACUGCGAGGAGGACAUCAUCGAUGGCUUCUCAAUUGCCAGCUUCAUCAGCUUUGAGGCCCUGGAGGUAAGAGUCUGUCUUUCCUUAUGUGAGCACAAUACUCAGAUAUGAUGGACUUUACAUAUUAUUAAACCGUAUGUAAAUAACAUUUGUCAAUGGUCUCCACAGAAGUGAAUUGUCUUCUCUCAAUCUCUUUAAUUUAAACCCCCUAGAGUCGACUUCCGCGGCCCAGCGUACAUCUAAUUAGCAUAAUAAAAACAUUCCCAUCGAAAUCAGUUAGAUCUGUUUUUUUGCAUUGGAUGCUUCUCUCUUAAUCAACCACAUCUGCCGAUAUCGCACUUCCCCAUCUGCGGUGAAGGUGGCAGAGCUAGAGCGUGUUUGUCAGACCAUGAGACAUCCCGAAAAUCGUUCUCACGAAAACCUCUGUAGCGUCCAAACGGUUUGGCCUACAAACAAUUAUGACCCCUCUAUGGAAAGAUGAGACUCACGACCCCGAUUGUGUUCAAGCGAGUUGUGACUCAUCUGAAGUCGUUAAAGCCAAUCUGCCAACUUCUGUCUGUAGCUUCCGAACAGUUUGGGCUACUGGUGAACACAUACCUACAUGUAGUUUUGCUCUAGGAUGCUCACAAGACUCAUCUGAAGGUCCUCUUACCAGUUUUUAAAAAAUGAAAGUGUGUAUAUAUGGAGAUUGUUUACUGCCAGAAAUAAGGGGUCAAAUACAUGUAAAAAAAAAAAAAAAAAAAAAUACUUUCCUGAUCUUUCUUAUCUCUCAGAUAUAGGACAGACACUUAAGAACAAACUUCCUUUUAGAUUUUUUUGUUUUGUUACUAUCUGUUGGUCAAUGUAGUGAAUCUGUUUAGCAAUGCGUUUGUAUGGGCUAAUAGCAGUAAGGCCAAAUAUAUUUUUUUGUUACAUCAAGGGGUCUUACAAUUCAAAAUCAAAUAGCUAAAUGAUCCUUGGUAUGACUUUCUUUAAAACAAUUCCAUAUACAGUGCAUUUGGAAAGACUACAGAUCCCUUGACCUUUCCACAUUUUGUUACAUUACAGCCUUAUUCUAAAAUGAUGCAUUUUUAUUUAAUCCAAUCUACACACAAAACCCCAUAAGGACAAAGCGAAAACAAGUUUUGACAUUUUUGUAAAUGGGUAAAAAAUAACACAUACCUUAUUUACAUAAGUAUUCAGACCCUUUGCUAUGAUACUCGAAAUUGAGCUCAGGUGCAUCCUGUUUCAAUUGAUCAUCCUUGAUGUUUCUACAACUUGAUUGGAGUCCACCUGUAGUAAAUUCAAUUGAUUGGACAUGAUUUGGAAAGGCACACACCUGUCUAUAUAAGGUCCCACAGUUGACAAUGCAUGUCAGAGCAAAAACCAAGCCAUGAGGUCGAUGGAAUUGUCCGUAGAUUGUGUCGAGGCACAGAUCUGGGGAAGGGUACCAAAAAAUGUCUGCAGCAUUGAAGGUCCCCAAGAACACAGUGGCCUCCAUCAUUCUUAAAUGGAAGAAGUUUGGAACCACCAAGACUCUUCCUAGAGCUGGCCGCCUGGCCAAACUGAGCAAUCGGGGGAGAAGGGCCUUGGUCAGGGAGGUGACCAAUAACCCGAUGGUCACUCUGACAGAGCUCCAGAGUUCCUCUGUGGAGAUGGGAGAACCUUCCAGAAGGACAACCAUCUCUGCAGCACCCACCAAUCAGGCCUUUAUGGUAGUGGCCAGACGGAAGCCACUCCCAGUAAAAGGCACAUGACAGCCUGCUCAGGACCUAAGACUGGGAUGAAGGUUCACCUUCCAACAGGACAAUGACCCUAAGCACACAGCCAAGACAACGCAGGAGUGGCUUCGGGACAAGUCUCUGAAUGUCCUUGAGUGGCCCAGCCAGAGCCCGGACUUUAACAGAGCUUGAGAGGAUCUGCAGAAAAGAACGGGAGAAGAUCUCCAAAUACAGGUGUGCCAAGCUUGUAGCGUCAUACCCAAGAAGAUUCGAGGCUGUAAUCGCUGCCAAAGGUCCUUCAACAAAGAACUGAGUGAAGGGUCUGAAUACUUAUUUAAAUGUGAUAUUUCCAAUUUAUUUUUUUAUACAUUUGCUAAAAUAUGCUUUGUCAUUAUGGGUAUUGUGUGUAGAUUGAUGAGAGAGAUCCAUUUUAGAAUAAGGCUGCAACGUAACAAAAUGUGGAAAAAGUUAAGGGGCCUGAAUACUUUCCGAAUGCGCUGUAGUUUAGACAGGGCUUAGACUGUAGAGGCUUAAAAGGACAAGUCCCACCUUGGAACUAUUUUGGUUAUCAUCUCCUCACACCGCCAGGUGUGAAUCAGUUGUGGCUUGAGUUUCCUACAAUUCACAGGUCAUUUACACUUUGAACACUUAAGAGAAAUCAAAUCAACAACCACAAUUAAAGGAAUCAGACACAAUGAUCUUUUAUGAUGUGUUUCUUAACAACCUUAAUUAUUUGUGUACCAAGCACCCAGUGUCGAUACAAAUAGCCUAUGUUUAUUAAUCUGCUUGUCGUUAGACCAACAAUUCCUGUCAGUUAAGUUGAAACACCACACAAUCCAGUAUUUCAGGAUUAGAAUUUGAUAUAGCAUGCGCUGAGUUAAAUGGCACCAAUCCAGUAUCCAUGCACUGACUCAUAUUUAGACAAAUCCUUCAAAGCUGAGUUUCUAAAACAUGCAAUGUCAUUGUAACAGGAAUUUAUUGACCAAUCUGAAAUUGUCAGAUUAAGUCAUCACUGACUGCUAUUCACCCCCCCCCCCCCCCCCCCAAAAAAAAAUGUCUCCAUCCACUUUUCUUAGUCAAGGCUUCCUCAUUUGUUUUUUGGCCAAUUCAAUUUCAGCGAAACCAGUGUGGGAAAUUCGGGGAAAUAAUAGGGAGUCAAUCAUCACAUUGUCAUAGUUUCAGUGAACCUAAUUGUUUUGUACUGCUUGUUUAACACUGGGAUGCAUCUUCUCUCCAGAUGGACUGCUCCAUGAAGCCUACCCAGCAUGCCGCCAUGCUCAUGGGAAGGGGGAGGAAGAGGAAGAGGGGCCCGGAGGAGAAUGGCAAAGGGCCCCUCUCAGAGCCCGAGGAAGGGGCCCCACCUAGCUUCUCCCGCAGCUGUUGUAAUAGGAAUAGAAAGAAGAGAAGAAAGACUGAGGUAAAGGUGUGCCGCAAGAGAUACACAGGUGUUGUAUGUAGUUGUCAUCUCACAUUUGGGUUUAAAAGUCGCUCAUUCAAACGCUGCAUUUGCAUGUCUGGUCUGGAUGCUAUUGUGACAUGUUUGUCUUGUUUGUGGGAACUAGCUGGCCUGUCUAGCUCAAAUAUUCAGACUGAAGUCAUAAAUGUGUAAUGGCCUAGUGAGAGCACUAGCAGGCUACACACACCUGUUGUUGAAGAGUAACACUUACUAGUGACACAUUGUAGCAUCCUGUCCGCUGAGCUUGUGAUGAAUCGAUGGGGAUUUAUUAACUUGAGGUCAGACAGACGUGAGGAUAAUUUCAAGUUGCUAAAUACCAUAUCGCUGGGUAAGCUAUAUCUAGAGUACUGCUCUUUGACACCAGAUUUUCAGGUGGUAUGCAUCCCAACCUAGUGACCGUUAGCCUACACAGCAAGUAUAAUUUGGAAAUUCAAGGGUGUUGUCGAUUUUAUUUUAGUACUGAAAUAGAUGAAAUACCCAAAGAAACAUUGGCUUUAACAAUAUGAAAGAAAGAAUAGCAACUCAGUAAACCCAUCUACGAAGUUGAAGCCAAGUGCCCUGCUCAAAACUACAAGGCUGAGAGUUGCGGAAGAAAUACAAAGUGAUCCUGGAUAUGCUUUGACAUCUGAACUUUGAAAGGAUACAGAUAAUGGCUAACCUGCAUGUAAUUUCCCACCUGCUCUGCCUAAGGUUUGGGCCAACAUUUGCAUUUACAGUGCCUUGCAAAAGUAUUCAGACCCCUUAUUGUGUUACAGUGGGAUUAAAAUUGAUUUAAUUGUAAUUUUGUCAAAAAUCUAUGCAAAAUACUCUGUCAAAGUGGAAGAUGUUUUUUAUUUAUUUAACGAUAAAUGAAUAACUAAAGUAGUCAUAGCGUACGUAUUCAGCCCCAACUAGGCAGGUCAGUUAAGAAAAAAAUCUUAUUUACAAUGACGGCCUACCCCGGCCAAACCCGGACGACGCUGGGCCAAUUGUGCGCCGCCCUAUGAAUUAAAUUUAGGCAGAUUGCAUAAAUGACAUGGAAAUAAUAGGGGUUGUCAUGAUUUCUGAGUGACUAACCCUUCCUCUGGCCCCCAUACGUACAACGUCUGUAAGGUCCCUCAAUCAAGUAUUGAAUUUCAAGCACAAAUCAAAGUUUAUUGGUCGUGUACACAGAUUUGCAGAUGUUAUCGCAGGUGCAGCGAAAUGCUUGCGUUUCUAGCUCCAACAGUGCAAUAAUACUGAGCAAUAAUUUAAAUUAAAAAAAUACACACAAACCAUAAAAAUAAAAGUUAUAUAUUGGAUGAGCCAUGACUAGACUACAGUGUAUAUACAUAUAAAGUGGGUGAAACGGUAUGUAAACAUUAUUAAAGUGACCAGUGUUCAAUGACUAUGUACAUAGGGCAGCAGUCUCUAAGGUGCAGGGUAGAGUACUGGGUGGUAGCUGGCUAGAACAGUGACUAAGGUUCAGGGCAGGGUACUGGGUGGAGGCCGGCUAGUGGUGACUGUUUAACAGUCUGAUAGCCUGGAGAUUGAAGCUGUUUCUCAGUCUCUCGGUCCCAGCUUUGAUGCACCUCUACUGUCUCCGCCUUCUAGAUGGUAGCAUGCCGUGGCUAAAAUCCUUGAUGAUCUUCUUGGCCUUCCUGUGACACCGGGUGCUGUAGAUGUUCUGGAGGGUAGGCAGUGUGCCCCCGGUGUUGCGUUGGGCCCUCAUCAAUCUACACACAAUACCCCAUAAUGACGAAGCAAAAACAGGUUUUUAGAAAUUUUAGCAAAUUUAUAUAAAAAAAACAACUGAAAUAUCACAUUCAGACCCUUUACUCAGUACUUUGUUACAUCCUCGAGUCUCCUUGGGUAUGACGCUACAAGCUCGGCACCUGUAUUUGGGGAGUUUCUCCCAUUCUUCUCUGCAGAUCCUCUCAAGCUCUGUCAGGUUGGAUGGGGAGCGUCACAGCACAGUCAUUUUCAGGUCUCUCCAGAGAUGUUAGAUCGGGUUCAAGUCCGGGCUCUGGCUGGGCCACUCAAGGACAUUCAGAGACUUGUCCCGAAGCCACUCCUGCGUUGUCUUGACUGUGUGCUUAGGGUAGUUGUCCUGUUGGAAGGUGAACCUUCGCCCCAGUGGCUAUUUGAAGAAUCUCAAAUAUAAAAUAUAUUUUGAUUUGUUUAACACUUUAUUUUGGUUACUACAUGAUUCCGUAUGUAUUAUUUCAUAGUUUUGAUGUCUUCACUAUUAUUCUACAAUGUAGGAAAUAGUAAAAAUAAAGAAAAACCAUUGAAUCAGUAGGUGUUCUAAAAAUUUUGACCUUUCAUCUCGUGUCUGAGCCGUUGAAUUGUGACUCCACUUUGUCCCUGAACUGUGGUUUUGCCUCUUGCCUUACAGAGGUCAUACCUGGUCUGUUUGUACACGUCCAUGUUCCCAAUCACCUUGCCAUGGGUAAAUGCAGUGGUUCGCGCUUUCAGUUUUGCGCGAAUGCUUGCAUCUAUCCACGGUUUUUGGUUUGGAUAAGUUCUAAUCAUCACAGUGGAAACAACAUCCUCUAUGCGCUUCUUGAUGAACCCAGUCAAAGUGAGUGUAUACGUUGAUACUAUUCACAGAGACGAACAGGAACAUUUCCCAGUCCACGUGAUCAAAACAAUCUUGACGCAUACAUCUGACUGGUCAGACCAACGUUGAACAGUCCUUACCACGGGAGCUUCCUGUUUUUAAGUUUCUGCCUAUAGGUGUGGAGGAGCAGAAUGAUCUGAUUUGCCGAAGGGAGGGCCUUGUAGCCAUCCCGGAAGGGAGAGUAGCAAUGAUCCAUGGUCCGUGUUGCGCAUGUAGCACAGGAGAUGUGUUGAUUAGAGUUUUGGUAGUGUUUUCCUCCGAUUUCCUUUAUUAAAGUCCCCAGCUACAAUAAAUGUGGCAGAUACUUUUGCAAGGCACUGUCUGUUGAAGGUGAAUACCAUCAGUCUUCCAUAUUAACUGUUAUUCUUUUUUAGUGUGGGGGCAUCCUGUUCUUGGAGACUGGCUACAUCGUAAGUUUCUUUAUACUUCUAUUGAUACAGUACAUAAGAUGACCAUAGAAUGCAGCUGCAUCCUAUAAUUGUAGUUUAUGAAUGUUGUGGGACACUUAAAUGUUGCUUUUAUGUUUUCUUUUAGUGUGACACAGAGAGCGAGUCAGCAGAUAAGGUGGGUAAUGUUUGCUUCAAACCACAUAAAAUUAUGAUUGUUGGAGGAGCAGUAUUUUUUUCCUGCUUAUUAUUGUUUAGAUUUAUUUGUGUUUUCCUCUCAUCUCAUCCCCCUAGGCCUCCGACAGUGACAUGGGGCCAAUAUUCACUGUCAGCACCAGGAAAGGUAAAAUGCUGUUCUCUCCUUCCCAUAUCUGUAUGCCUUUGCUUUAUAAAUAUGCUCUCGUCAUUUUGAGUUUUUAUUUUAUUUUUUAAUCCCAGUAUGCACUCAUUUGAAAAUAUGCGGUGUCCUUUCUUGGGAAAAAAAAUUCCACGUAAAAAAAAAAUGCAGUUCUUUCUCGCCCUGUAGUUUUGGAACCGAUUCCUGUGAGCAUGGCCUCUAUGGGCAAAGGCUGCCCUACACUACUGCUACCAGGCCGCUGUGGCCUCUCCCGGCUGGCGGUCACCCCGCGUGUCUCUGGCCUGGAGCGCAGCCAGGAGAGGAGCCUGGAGCCGCCUUACCCCGAGCCCCUGUCUACCUCCUCCUCCUGCCUGCCGUCCCUCUCCCCGGCCAUGGUCGCACGGCCCGGAAAUGGCCUUCACCACCGCGCCCACCACAACCCCAGCCCGCCGCGCUUCAAACACAAGUCCUUCCUCACCUUCCCCGGGCGACACCCAUCCAUUUACAGCAUGGGCAUCAACAACAGGUCAGUCACUGCCAGAUCUGCCUAAUAGUCAGCACUACUACUACAGUAAAAAGUACUACUUCUUCCACUAUUAUAAAAUAACUUUUACCACUUUUUGACUUGCCUGGUUAAAUAAAGGGAAAAAUAAAACAAUCAAGACCGCUGAAGCAAGCACACAUGUCCUUCAGGAAAUGUACCUUUUCUAGUCAACUUUUCUCUCUCCUUAGGAACGGUACCUCAGUCAAGCCCCAAUCCUCGUCUGCUGCUUCUUCCUCGUUGUCUAUGCGACCCCCAACUCCCUCUUCCAGUAUGUCGAUGUCCCUAAUUAGAGGUCCAGGGUCGUCAGUAUCUCUGCACCCCCCUUCACGUGUUGGCUCUGGUGCCAUGUUCACCCCCUCCCCUGGGCUUCCCCCUCCACCUCCUCUCCUCACUUCCCACUCAGGAGCAGGUACUGUACAGUUGGCACCAAUGUGUAAUGCUAUUCACCUUUUUUCACAGCCUCUGUCAGAUCAUCAAGCAUAAUUGUAAAUCUGUGCGUUUUUAUUUACCAAUCAGGUCUACUGCUAGCUUCAUUUGGGUACUUGGACAUCCUACUGUCACAGUGUUAUAAAAUGACUUAUUUGUGCUCCAUAUCCACCUAUUUAAAAUAGAUUCUCCAUUCCUCUGUCUGUUCCACUACUGCAGACCAGGACCUGCUGCGCCAUGGCCUGAACUCUCACUUCCUGGCCUCGCAGGAUCGCGAGGGCCGCCGCAGUGUCCCUGGGGCUGAGCUCAACGGUGGCGGGCCAGGCCGCUCUACUCCCGGAGGUCCAUCGGGGGCCAGCCCCAGCUCGGGCUCCUCAGGCCGCUCCUCUCAGGCCCAGCCCGGAAUCCAGCCCCUGGCCUUCCAGUUCCACCAGCACAACCACCAGCACCAGCAUACACAUACGCACCAACAUUUCACCCCCUUCCUGCACCCCACCGCCUCCGCACCACCGCCUCAGCACCUGGUAAGAGAUUACGUUCUACCCUGUCACGUUGGGUUUCAUAGAGCAGCUUCUGCCUUGAAAUGCCAGUGUUGUCAAUUUGUCAUUAACCGCUUUUUGUGUUUGUCUUUUAGUUUGAGAAAUAUGGGAAGAUGGAGGGGCUCUACAGAAACACUGUGAGUUUACAUUUACAUGCUCCAGAAUUAGUUUGGUUAUACGUUGCUGUGGUGGAUGUUGAGAUGAAUGUGGUAGGACUUAGGCAGAAUGGGGUCUGGGGAGUGUAGUUUUAACCAGCCUCUGUGUGUGUGUUGCUGAUGUAGUUCUUCCCACAGUACCCUCCUCCCCCAGUGCCAGGCAUCCAGCCCGUCCUUCCUCCCACUGGGCCCUUCAGCUCUCUGCAAGGAGCCUUCCAGCCUAAGGUGAGUGGAGCUUUAGCUACAUAAGUCAAUGGAUGAUGAUAUGUCAUGCGGUGUCUAGAUGACAAACUGUUUGCUGUGUUUUGAUACAGCCUCUUGUCCCCCAGGGAACAAGUCCUGAGAUGACAGCUCGACUGGGGGUUGUGCCUCACCACCUGCAGCCCAAAGACCCCAUGGUAAGAUGCUCAGUAUAAAACGGAUGACAUUUUAGAAUAUACGAUGACAAAGGUUACAACUGAAGCUUGUAGCCUAGGAUUGAGCUGGUAUUGAUGGACAAUACACAUUAUGCGCAAAGACUUGGACCUAGUAGUCAGUGCAGGAAAGCGUGAAUCACAAACAGUAAACAGUUGGAUAAAGAGUGGGAAAUCUUAACACACAUGGUUUACUAUUCUUCUUAUUAUUUUUUUUUAGCUAACUGAUCCAUUUGGGACAUCGCUGAAAGUCAGUAAUGUAAGCAAAGCCAGAUGCUUUAUCAACAUACUUCGUUUUUAAAAAAGUAUUAUGAUACUGUACCGUUUUGUUUUCUUACUCACUCUUGGUCAUGACUGCUAUAUUGAAAACUAUUUGACAAAACGCCCUUGCACACCAUGUCCGAUUUCUUCCAACUUUUGGCACACCUACUGUGAAACUCCCUGCAACUUUCCGUCAUUACUCAUUUCAGAAGGAUUUUGAUCAUCUGUUUUAUUUGUCCAGGAAAAAUAAACUGACCCAUAAUAUAUUGGUAUUACUGAUGCUUUCCUUACUAAAUUGUACCUCAACUGUACCUUUUCACCCCCAUUCUCAUGUUGAUGCUGUGCCAGACGAACAUUUCAUAUGGCAGACAUUAACACCAUUUCAUCUGACUCGGUGUGCAAAGGCCUUAAGUCUUAAUGCAAGCUAAACAGGAUCACCGAGUCAAUCGUGUGUUUUUGUCUACACAGAAACCAGGGAAGUGGUGUGCUAUGCAUGUACGUGUGGCGUGGAUGAUUCUGAGACAUCAGAAGAAAGUGAAGGUAGGACUUGUGAAAUGUUUGUCACAAUUUAUUACACUUCAAUCUGAUCCUAUCAAUUGUGAUUUUUAUAAAAUAAGUAGAAAGUAUUUCAGAUUAAUUUGACCACCUGAAGCAUCUCAAACAUUAUAAGAUGUGAUCAAAUCAUCAAAAAAAUGAUAGAUAUUGGUCAAGUUGUCCAUGUUUAUUGAAAAAGCUAUGGCCAUUGCAUUGACUGACCACCACUGUCCUCUCUCUCAGCUGAUGCAGGCUGAUCCGCACAAGCUGGACUUCCGUAGCGAGAUGCUGGCUCGUCUUCCGGGGGCCGGGGGCCUGGUCACACUGGGGCCCCUUGGAGGUGGCCUCCCCUCUGCCCACGACCUGAACCGACCUGCCAGCCUCUUUACAGCCACUGGUGGGUGCUUGUUUUGUCUAGCAAGAUAUGUUUUAAGAAAAGGUGCUGCAAUUGUAUUCACCAUAAGGAUAAAAAAAAGUAUUUAACUAGGUAAGCCAGUUGACAUUUUAGUCAUUUAGCAGACGCUCUUAUCCAGAGUGCAUACAUUUUUCAUACUGGCUCCCUGUGGGAAUCGAACCCACAACCCUGGCGUUGCAAGCGCCAUGCUCUAGCAACCGAGCUACAGAGAACAAGUUCUCAUUUACAACUGCGACCUGGCCAAGAUAAAGCAAAGCAGUGAGAUAAAAACAACAACAACACAGAGUUACAUAUGGAAUAAACAAAACAUACAGUCAAUAGAACAUCUAUAUACAGUGUGUGCAAAUGUAGUAAGUUAUGGAGGUAAGGCAAUAAAUAGGACAUAAUACUAAAUUGUAAUUAUUUUGCACUAACACUGGAAUGAUAGAUGUGCAGAAGAUGAUGUGCAAAUAGAGAUACUGGGGUGCAAAUGAGCAAAAUAAAUAACAAUGUGGGGAUGAGGUAGUUGGGUGGGCUAAUGACAGAUGGGCUGUGUACAGGUGCAGUGAUCGGUAAGCUGCUCUGACAACUGAUGCUUAAAGUUAGUGAGGGAGAUAAGUCUCCAGCUUCAGAGACUUUUGCAGUUCGUUCCAGUCAUUGGCAGCAGAGAACUGGAAGGAAUGGCAGCCAAAGGAGGUGUUGGCUUUGGGGAUGACCAGUGAGAUAUACCUGCUGGAGCGCAUACUACGGGUGGGUGUUGCUAUGGUGACCAAUGAGCUAAGAUAAGGCAGGGAUUUGCCUAGAAGUGAUUUAUAGAUGACCUGGAGCCAGUGGGUUUGGCGACGAAUAUGUAGUGAGGGCCAGCCAACGAGAGCGUACAGGUCACAAUGGUGGGUAGUAUAUGGGGCUUUGGUGACAAAACGGAUGGCACUGUGAUAGACUACAUCCAAUUUGAUGAGUAGAGUGCCUGAGGCUUUUUAAAAACCUCAGGCAAAGAGGAAAGAUUCCUUGAUAUUGCAAAUAGUUAGUAAAUUAUUUUUUAAAUGGUCUCCUUUUUCCUCACUUCGACUGCACACUUACAGUGAGGGGAAAAAGUAUUUGAUCCCCUGCUGAUUUUGUACGUUUGCCCACUGACAAAGACAGAUGUUCAUUGGCAAACUUCAGACGGGCCUGUAUGUGCUUUCUUGAGCAUGGGGACCUUGCGGGCGCAGCAGGAUUUCAGUCCUUCACGGCGUAGUGUGUUACCAAUUGUUUUCUUGGUGACUAUGGUCCCAGCUGCCUUGAGAUCAUUGACAAUAUCCUCCCUUGUAGUUCUGGGCUGAUUCCUCACCGUUCUCAUGAUCAUUGCAACUCCAUGAGGUGAGAUCUUGCAUGGAGGCCGAGGGAGAUUGACAGUUAUUUUGUGUUUCUUCCAUUUGCGAAUAAUCGCACCAACUGUUGUCACCUUCUCACCAAGCUGCUUGGCGAUGGUCUUGUAGCCCAUUCCAGCCUUGUGUAGCUCUACAAUCUUGUCCCUGACAUCCUUGGAGAGCUCUUUGGUCUUGGCCAUGGUGGAGUGUUUGGAAUCUGAUUGAUUGCUUCUGUGGACAAGUGUCUUUUAUACAGGUAACAAGCUGAGAUUAGGAGCACUCCCUUUAAGAGUGUGCUCCUAAUCUCAGCUCGUUACCUGUAUAAAAGACACCUGGGAGCCAGAAAUCUUUCUGAUUGAGAGGGGGUCAAAUACUUAUUUCCCUCAUUAAAAUGCAAAUCAAUUUAUAACAUUUUUGACAUGCGUUUUUCUGGAUUUUUGUUGUUGUUAUUCUGUCUCUCACUGUUCAAAUAAACCUACCAUUAAAAUGAUAGACUGAUCAUGUCUUUGUCAGUGGGCAAACGUACAAAAUCAGCAGGGGAUCAAAUACUUUCUUCCCUCACUGUAGGUAAGAGACUGCUUCAAAGGGCGUAUCUGUACCACUUGCACCUUCAGUAAACAAGAAAUUGAUUUGCCUACUCACAGGUCACUAAAACACCUUAUUAGCCUAGAUAUUCAAUUAAAGCAUACUAACUUUUCAGCAUGUGACUAAUAGGCCCCAGUGAGUCUGAACACUAGUAAUGAAUAUUGCCAGAGGUCUAAUGCUGUAAGGCUUGUGUCUGCGCAUCAGUCCUGAUGUUUACAUGCGUUGUUGCAGAUCCGUACGGCCGGUCACCUCCGUUCACCCCUCUCGGAGCCCUGGGCUCUGGUGCCUUCGGGGGACUGGGCAGCCCUACGCUGGGUGAGUCACCAUUUCUCUUCCUCAAAAAAGAAGCAUAGUUUGUCAUUACUCCUUGCAUAAUAAGAUGUACAGUCUCUACUAAAAUGACUAACUUUAUUCUGUCUUUCUGUCUCCAGCUAACAGCUCAGUGUUUGGUCACAAGGAGCCUCCUGCGGUCGGGGGCUUACCCAACCCUCAUGACCCCUGGAACCGACUGCACGGUGGGCCUCCCCCCUUGGCUGGCCCUAGCUGGGCCAAGGGGGCUGAGAAGAGAGACGAGCGGGACACGGGAAAGGACAUGGAGAGGAGAGACAUUAUUCACAUCAAAGACGAGAAAGACAGGUGAGACACAACAGCCUCGACACUAGUUUAUCAACUUAGUUCCUAAAUAUGCUGUUUGAACUGACUUAUCUUUCUAUAGUAGUUUUCUGUCUGAUUCAGUUCAUGUUACUCUUAACAAAUUCAAAACUGUAAUUGAUUUGAGUGCUGAAUUUGCAUACCACUCCCCUACCAUCUUCAUGAUCUUUUUCAGAGACAAUAUGCUAUAUGGUCGUCAACCUGUGCAGAUGUCUCCGGUGGCCCCAGCCCUCAAGCUCCAGCAGCACUGCAGCAGCACCCCCGUCUCCCACAUCAAUGGGCACGGGGGCCCUCUGGGAGGCCCCGGCGGUCUCACUGAGGAUCUGACACGCAGAGACGGAGACAAGAGACUGCUCCUCUCGGUCUCCUCCAGGCCGCCUCCUCUAGGCUCUUCAUUCUCAGCAGCUGCAGCAGACAGAGACAGACCUCGCUCCUCCUCUUCCUCUGUGCUGACGACUCCCCCGCCCUCGGGACCCGGCGCCCCCUCCCCCUUGGAUCUGUACCCCCGUCAGCAGCCCUCAGUGCUGCACGGCCUCCACAGCGAACCCACCCACUCCUCACAAAGAGAGGGAGGCCCACCUGCCUCAUCCUGUUCCUCAGCCACGGUCACCUCACUGCCCCAGGGCAAGAAGCCUGACCGAACCACCACCCCGGUGCCCAAGCCUCCCCCCCUCUUUCCCCCAGUCAAGGUCAAGGAGGAGCGGAAGGAGGAACCGGAGAUCGUGCCAAUCUCCUUGCCGCCGCCUCUGCCCCCCAGCCACAACUACGACCGCCCCAACAGCCGCCCUCACCACCACCGCUCCGCCACCCCCUCUUCUUCUCUCUCUCUGACUCCCACGCCCGCGGUGCCCCUACCUCCUCCCACCCCGCACAACCAUCACCUCUCCCUCCUGGAGCGCUCCCGAGCACAGGCUGCCAUUGAGGCCUACCUGGGGAGCACACAAGGUGCUGGGGGGAUAGUAGUGGGUCCAGGGGGAGAGAGGUUCUCCACCCACCCCCACGGCCCACCCCAGGGGCACGGCCAGCACCCCCACAGCUUCCCAUGGGACCCAUGGAGGGAGCUGGCCGCCCAACAGCAGCAGCAGCAGCAACGCCGAGAGACCAUGGCCCUGCGUUCGGACCCCCACCUGGCGCUGCGCUCAGACCCCCACCUGGCCCGGCUGCUCCAGGCCCAGCACGCCCAGCGCUUCCUGGAGGCCGAGAGGGCGGCGGCCUUGGCGGCAGCGGUGGCUGCCAACAACCCUCACCACCACCCUCCUACCUCUACCUCCUCGGUCCGCCAGGAGUUUGGCCUAAUGGCCCACCACUUUGACCGCCCUCCCCAGCUGGGGCCCCCAGGUGGCGGCCUCAUGGAUGAGCAGCAGCGCGCCCAGAUCCUAAGAGAAGACUUUGAAAGGGCACGCUACUUCGGGAUGCAUGCUCACCCGCACCUCUCGGGCUCCCACCUCCCACCGGGUUCUCACGCAGCCCACCUGGAGCAGCUGCAUGCCGGGAUGCUCUCCCACUCACAUCUCCAUCAGCCUGGAGCCUCCAACCCCUCUCCCCACCACCCCGGCCUCUACUCCCGCCUGGGGCCUCUCCACGCUCACCACGUGCCAAAUGGCAUCCUGGCCAAGACCCCUGCUGGCCUGGUCGGGGCACUGUCCGUAGGCGCCCCCCCUCCACUCAUUCCAUCUGUGACCAGCAGGUCUUCGACCCCGACCCGUAGACUGGGUGGGCCCGGGGACUUGGCACUGUACAGCUCUCACAAAGAAGGCGAGUCCAGAUAG